CUGCGAAAGUCAGUCCUGAACUCUCUUUCUUUGCCUCUAUAUCUGUGCUGUCGACUGGUCCCCUCCGCUAUUUAUGUACUCAGUGCAGAGGAUUUCUCACUGCCGCUCGAUACCAAAGCACGGCGGUCCAACGACGGACUUCUGUCACCAACCUGUUGCUCUUUUCUCCGCAUCACUAAAACACGACCGCGGCGCUGGGACGAAGCGGAUCCUUGUGACUCGUGACUCGGAACGUGUUGAUAAGAAAGGUGGUGCUGGUGUUUAAUAUCUGCGUGAACUUGCAAAGUUGUUCUUUGGACAAAUGCACAAGAACUUGGAGUAGGUAUACGCGAAUAAGGCAGGAGUUAGUCGAAAUAAUCGAAACUCUAACUUCUACCGCUUGCUUUCAUUGAAAUUUUAACAUUCUUCGCGCACCUCGUGCUUGCCUAGUGACUUUGCCAUAGUAGCAACCGCUACCAUCUCAUGAAUGCGUAGUGCCUCCUUACAUUCGCGAACACAGACCUAAUGCAUGAGAAAUAAUAGCUGACUCGGAAAGUCUUCGGUGAUUUCAUUGAUUGCGAGAUUGCUUGCAUCCGCCUUUAGCAAUACUAAGUGAAGGGAACAUGAUCUAAACUUUGGCACUCAAAGCCUAGGAGUAGACAAGGAAACACAUUUUCUAUUUCAAGCCUCCUCGCACAGAUGAUUCGGCCUAUAUAUUUUGCAGAUUGCUGUAAUGCUUAGGACUGUGUUGCUUAUAUAGAGCGUGUAAAUUUUAAGCCCGCAUUGCAACCAUACAGGUAAACCAUUUGAACGUAAACUGAAGAAUGAACGCAGCUUUGACGCACCUUAUAUAACAUGUCUUCAAUAAUUCACCAUUAUCAUCAUGUGAUGCAUGGUUAUUGAAUCACAGGUAUUAACGAUAGACAAAUAGGGGAAUGUCGUGCAGAUACGUUCAAAAACUGCUUUUGAUUCUAGGUUCACGGAAACGCGGUUCAUAAGCUUGGUUAACAUAGGUCAUUGGGCGUUUUUCUCAACCAAUAGAGCGAAGAUAUUGAGCUAUCUGCACAAAUUUUGAUUGCGGCAGAGCGUGCGUGAAUACUCUUGAAGUUGCAGUUUCUCGAAAUACCCGGCGAAAUCUCGUGAUUCAAAUAAUUUUUAGUGUACGGAGCUUUUUGGGAAAAAGGCGCUUAUUUGCUUGGCAUUUUUUUUUUUUGCACUAACAAGUGAGCCUUGUUCGCUAAGUGCGUUCACGUUUAUCAAGCACAGAAAGACCUGUACAAAUACGUGAAGGGCACACUGUACAUAGAAAGACUGUAUUUUUAUGAUGUACGAAAAGCGUUGAAGUCAACAACAAAAAAGAAAAAAAAAAUACUUCUAGCGCAGGUGGCUAACACAAACAUCAUUCUUCAAUCCUUCGUGUCACCAGAACUGUCGUAAAGACUAGUGAGUCAGACUCUCCAGUCAAGGAGUAACUCCUCAAGCGCUUUUGUACCUGCUCAAAAUUUGGUGAACUGAAAGCAAGUUCAAUACCUUCAUCAUAGAUUGUUCGUUUGGUAACACGUACUCGUCGCUUGUAGUGUGAGUGUAAUUCAAGGGUAUAGAUUAAUUUAUGACAAUUUUCUACGUUCAAGGAAUCGCAGUCCUUUUCUCUCAACCAGCGCAGCUCGAAACGCCGAUAGCAUAUCUAAUCACUGCAUGACAUAAAAGUUGAAAAAAGUCUCAAGUGAGUAUUUUAGUAAUGUGAAUUGAUACAAGGCGCUUGCCCUUAGAGAUAAAAAAACGCUGAUUAUUAGAAAAAUAAUCGCAUUCAAGCCACGCAUUGUAAACCUUCUAUAGUCACUGAUAAGAGUACAACUCGUAGUUAUCGUGUCUGAUCAUUUAAAUCCUUUUUUAAAGGCGCGCAAUCUGUUCUUGGGAACUGAACUAUUAGUCGUGAAAUUGUGAUUAGAUAAGGAGAAUAGUAUAUUCAAAUAUACAUGCAAAAGCACUCGCCUUUGUCUCGGAUCUCAAAAACAUUAUCCACUCCGAAAAUUAAUUUUCCGGAUCUCUUAUCAGUCACUUUUGAUCUAUAGGAGUCUCUGCGCUCAGACGCCGCCGAUUUCGGACUAAAGUGUUCGCGUGAGCUCUUUCACCCAAUCGUAUUUGCGCAAGUAAGCCCGGUAAGAAACUUUCUUGGAUAACGAGUGUCCCAAGAAAAGUGCAGGAAUUUCACCAACUUUUUUUCUCCGAUCUUUGCGUGACUACUGAAGUAAAAGAACUGAACCGGAAAAUAAUCCCGACACGACACUCCCGAGAGGGGAACCGCACCUACAAACAGAAUUACGCCAUAUCGGACAAAGUGUGGCACAGAGCAGAGGAGUGACAUUGUCGAUAAACUUUUGAAAGAAGACCGAAAACAACGCGCACGGAAACUCUGGUGUGUGUUCAUCGUAGUGAGACAUUCCUGUGGUGCGUUAUCUUGUAUUAAGCCGCCGCUAGUAUAAGACACGGAUUCUUCUCCCGUGGUCUUCCACAUCGUGAUUGUUGCAAAACACAGCUUCCCGCACGCUGAGUCUGAGUUGCAGUUAGUGGGACAGCGUUCCUCGUGACCAGCCAAUCGGAAGCACUCCUGACUGACAGUGCGUGAAAGCCCCCGCGACUUGAGCGUUCGAAGAGAGGCUUCUUUGCUGAUCGAAGACUGAUAAACGGGAACCCAGUCACCUGUUCAAUCGAUCCUGUAUCGCAGGUUCUCAUGCCUGUUGACCUCCUGGAAGGCAGUGGCGGCAAGCGCGUCUCUUGAACCAUGACUUCCAGCGUGGGCCUUUUAAUGGACACACCCAGCAGCACGGUCGUGUCGCGAUUCCUCUACGGCAGCGUCAUGUUUGACGUCGAUGAAAACACGACGUCCUCGCGACUCGCCCCCUUCAUGGGCGACGCCAACGACUCGAACAUCACGGGGACUCCCGGCCACCCGGUUAUUGGCGGUGAUGGUAGCGGCGUCGCAGGAGGCGAAGACGCCGUCUUAUCGAUCGCAGUGCCGCUUCCGGAAGCCGUGGCCACCGUCCUGGUACUCUCGACCAUCGUGGCCGGAACGGUGUUCGGCAACGUACUCGUCGUGCUCGCAAUAUUUACCUACAGGCCUCUUCGCAGCGUUCAGAAUAUGUUUAUUGUGUCUCUCGCCGUCGCCGACAUUGCAGUGGCCCUCCUGGUGAUGCCCUUCAACGUGGCCUACUCCAUCAUGGGUCGGUGGGUGUUCGGCUUGCACAUGUGCGAGCUGUGGCUCACGUGCGACGUUCUGUGCUGCACGGCCUCCAUCUUAAACCUGUGCGCCAUAGCGCUGGACCGAUACUGGGCCAUCCACGACCCCAUCAACUACGCGCAGAAGCGCACGCUCCGGCGGGUGCUUCUUUCCAUCGUGCUGGUGUGGGCCAUCAGCGCGCUCAUCUCGGUUCCACCCCUGAUUGGCUGGAACGACUGGCCCGAACAGUUUGACGAGACGUCGCCCUGCCAGCUGACUGAGGAGCGCGGUUACGUGCUCUACUCGGCCACUGGCUCCUUCUUCGCGCCCCUGCUCAUCAUGACCAUCGUGUACUUCAAGAUCUACCUUGCCACCAGGCGACGGCUCCGUAAGCGCGCUAAAGCAGUGGCGGCCACACUACAGGUGAAGCCUUCAGCACUGCACGCCCUGCCACCUGCCGCGCACGAAAACUCGUCGGCGGAUUCGCCGCAGACCGAGCAAAGCCCAAUCGAUCCGGACAUGGACAGCGUGACCGCGAUUCGCACGGACGACAUUCCGGAGCCCCGCGGAAAGACCCAGCAAAAUGGCGGCAAUGGCGCUGCUAGCCUGGGCCCGUGCAGGGCCACUCCCAACGUGAAGCAGUACAUGGAAGAGCGUCAGCGCAUCUCGCUCUCCAAGGAGCGGCGUGCGGCCCGUGUGCUGGGCAUCGUCAUGGGAGUGUUUGUGCUGUGCUGGCUUCCUUUCUUCCUCAUGUACGUCAUCUUGCCCUUCUGUCCGCAGUGCAGCAUCGCACCAAAGACUGUCAAUUUCAUCACCUGGCUGGGUUAUGUGAACUCUGCGCUGAACCCCGUGAUCUACACCGUGUUCAACAAUGACUUUCGGAAAGCCUUUCUGAAGAUCAUCUGUCGUCGGCGGAGCUGAGCUCAUGAUAGGUUGACAGUGCGAUUCGGAGGCUCUCGUUCGAUACACGUACGCGCAACGUGAACUUGAGGACAAAGGGUUAGGCCAUGGCGCGAUAGAGUCCUUCUGUGGAACACUUUCGUGCUUUGUGUGAUGACCCACUUGGUGCUGCCCGCUUUUUGAACAGGUUUGCCGGAGGAAGAAACAAAUGCUUUGAAAUGGCGCGUUUUCUUUGUGACAACGUUGAACAGCGUCGGGGUGUCUUCCAAGUUGUAACGUCUGACGUCCGCGGAAAGGGCAGUUUGACAUAUACCGGUCAAACAGCACAUUGACUCUUGAAGGCUGCUUUCUUCGGUUCAGCCCUUCAGUAGGCGAAGCUCUCUGUCUCAUGCCGAAUGGAAAAUUUUAAAAGAGCUGAAUGUAAUUAGGAACGAAGCACUUUCGUGAAUAUGGCUCGUAGUGAUGUAUAUAAAUUAAAGUUUGUCAAACGUAGGUUCCGCGAGUACACAUUCGGUAAUUUGAGUGACCGCUCCAGACACGCACAUCUCUACACCUCUUAGCGAGAAUUGUUGUCUCUGGAGAAUAAAUUCUUGCCGUUUCAUGAAGCUAAAGAGUUUUCAAGAACGUGUGGGACAUUGACCGAGUCUAUAUAUUGCGGGUUAACUGAACUCCUCUCCAUGGAAAUGUUUUCGAGAUUACAAAAUGUCUCUCGCAUAUCGUGUCAUUUCAUGAAGAGCGGCUAAAUUAACAGUACACCCUUUCAGAAAAUGUGGUGCCUUCAACACCCAGCAGAAGCCAUUUCAACCAUAAGAGUUGAGCUGUUAAAUAACUGUGGUGCUCAUUAUGCUUGAUGUUUUAUGCAUGCCUGCCUGUUUAUUUAUUGUAUUGCGAAGCAUGUCUGUAGAAACUCUGACAGUACUCCUGAUGACAUUGUACAGUAGCUCACCAAUACUCGUUGAAAGCGUCAAAGCGACCUGGGUCGUUGUAUGCGAAAUGCCAUUUCCAGGCAGCUGUGUGCCCACGUAACAUGGCAGCAGUGAAAGGUAUAGUUGUGAUAUAUAUAAAUACACAUACAUCGGGCUCUGUAAUUAUCUGUCUAGAAUUUCUGGAGCGAAUGAGCAUUUCGAAGCGAUUGAUAUUGCCAUUUAUUACUAGUAAGCAAAAACGACCUUGUAGGCAUUUGUUAAGUAAGCAGUACUUAAACAUUAUUGUUCCUCAGCACGGAUACUUGUUUGUAACUUUGUUUCCCUUCAAAUUUCGCCAACGCCGGCACGUUUGUGACACAUUCGACGAUUAACUGUCACGGCAUAAAACGCCGUGCCAUCCUGCGCGGCGCUUUUACCCGGUUCUCCCGCACAAGUCUCAAACACGCAUGUAUGAUACAGAUGUGGAAGUUUUUCAAUGGGUUUUUAUAUUUAUUUCUUCUAACUAAUCUUAGACAAAAGAAAUAAAAUAUCCAGAAGCACGGACGGCUCCCUAUGAAAUUUUCGAAUGCUUCGUGUUGUAAACAUGCUGCCCGACGUUGAAAAAGUGUACAUGUGAACUUUUAAAUCCCAAGGCUCUGGUGGAAAACAAUUAUUUUCAAGCAGCAUGCCUAGGUAUCGAGGUGCUUGAGCUUUGUACCGUUCAGCAUUCCUAUAUAUUUGCUGCGAUUGGGAACUUAGUUAACUUAGCACUGCUUAAAUGAACCAUCUAGUUAGAAGCUAUCAUUUCUCAAACAGCUGUUGCAGUCUCUGCAUUUGUGACCAUUCGUGUGUGUUCUGUUAGCGGGGCAGCCGAUUCUGUUCUAAAGGAAUUAAUCAUACAAGUACAGCGGUGGUAUCACGUAAGCUCCCUUCUUCUUUUAUUGUGUUCCUUUCUAACCACCCGCCGCAAUGAGCGGUGAUUUACCGGCCAAUUAAUUACGAAUAAAAAGGAGAAUAGAAAUUCCAACGAAUCAUGGCAUAAUAAGAGCCCCUGAUCAACCUCUUUCGUAGCUGCCGAGCGAACGAUCGCAUUAGCUGUCGUUAAGCGUUAAAUAUUUCCCACAUAACACCAAAUGUCGAGGCUUCCGCCCGAGUCUUCAUCUGUGAUUUCAGUUCUGCGAGAGUAAACAUUUAAGCAUGAGAGUGAGUGUAUUUAUGUGCGCGUGUGUGUUCGUACUCGUUGGAUGUAAAAUUGUCGAAGAACAGUGGUUCCCUUGUUUACCUCUUCUACGUGAGACAGAAUGAAUUGUUCAAAUCUUGACAGCCGGUCUAUUAACACUGUGGGUCGCAUCCACAGUCAUCGGUUUGAAAUUUGCGGAUUCAGUAAGCAUAAAGAGCUUUUCGAAAGUUCAAUUUGUUAACACCCUUUAUAGUACUAAAUGCUCAGCCGUGUGAAAAAAAAAACGAAGAUAAUUGUUUUAAUUUUUGCUCGAGCAUUUAAUCUCUGCAACGUAUCGAAAAGAUACGCCAACGCUCCUCUUGCAAUGGACACUCAAUAAAGCAUUGUAGUCAAUUUUUUGCCACAUUUUCGUGCUUAAGACAUUAGGCACACGGGGAUGUAAAUUAUAAUUGAGCAGUCGCAAAGUUAAAUCGACAGGAUACUUUGCAUAUAUGGGAAUCCUUAAAAAAGCUAGGUAUAUCAAGGUCACAAACCACGAUAUGUAGGAAUGUAGCAAUGCUGCGAACGUAGUAAAAAUUCGAGGCAUUUUACUCAA